UCGUUUCUAGCAUACAAAUAGAGGAAAUUCAAACAGACUGGCCUCGUCCUCUCAAUAGUUUGCCCACCAUGUCCCGGCCACGAAAGAAGCGCUCCAUUGACAGUGCCCGGGAGAGCGACGAAGAAGGAAGUGAUAACUUAGCUAUUUCAGCUUUGAGCUUCUCAACUCGCGCAUCAUCUCACAGCCAGUUCAAACCGACCUUCGUUUCUCAGCACCAGCUCGAAACCCUGCAGGCCGAGCUGGACCACGAACGAUCGCUGCGUGCUCUGGAUCGGAAGAGAGCACAACAGGUUCAUCAACGACUGCAAAAACAGGCGGAAUUUGCGUUGGAGGAAGCACAAGAAGCCAAAAACUUGUUGGAGGAAGUACAGUCCGAAUCGGAGCGGAUGACGUCUCAACUACGCGAUGCUCGAAAUCAGACUUUAGGUGAGCUACGCGACUGUCAAAUUCGAUUGGAGGAACUCGGUGACAGCGAAGACGAUGGAGAAGAAUCGAGGGCACGCUUCUGGGAGAACAAAUGUCGUCAAGCUGAAGAGAGCUUGAAGGAAAGAGACGAUACGGAAACGUCAGUGAGGAAUGAACUUGAAGCUUUGCGCAAGGCCACGGAGUCAAAGCUCGAAGAACACAAGAAGUAUCUUGAAAUCUCGUCGCCUGCAAAGCCUCAAACUUUCGUUGAUGAAGCCCCACCGGCCGUUUUGAAAGAACUCAAUCGCGUUCGAAUCAAACUUGCUGAGACAGAACGCAAAAAUCGUCAAUGUGUGCAUAGGAACGAUGAUCUACAGCAACAGAAUCGUAGAUUAAUCCGAGAGCGCGAAGAAGGACGGGCAGCUUUACAGCGGCUACCAAGUCUCGAAGGGGAUCUACAAGAAAUUCGUCGUCAGUACGACAAAACUAUUGCAGAAACUCAGAUCUGGCAGGAGUUCUGUCAAAGUUUGGAUGUUUUGUUGAAAAGCCGGGGCUUGGCGUCAGGAAGCUCAGGGGGUCCUCCCGAAGUGUCCGCGCUUUUGCGGUUCUUAGAUUCGGCUGAAAUGAAAACUCAAAUGGCGGAGCAAUCUGUAGAGAAGCUGAAGGAUAUAAUAAAUCAACAGAAAGCCGACAUUUUUGCUACUGAAGCAAAAAUUCACGAUUUCGAGCUUAAGGAACGUCGCUGGAACAGUAAACGAAAAGAAUGGGAGGACAAUAUCCGAACAAAACAGCUUGAGAUCGAUCUUAUUCAAGGACAGAACUCGAUUUAUAAAAAAGAAAUUGAAUCACUUCGAGACUUGAUCAAAACGUUCGAUGGUUUGCCUCUGAGUUCCCUCAAGAGUGCUCCAAAGUUCGACACUACAUCUCAGAGUCUUGAACUGAUGUUGACCUCUGCCAGGGACGAACUUGAUUUGAUGACGAAACAACAGGACAGUUUGAAGGGAGAACUAGAUGCGUCGACGAAAGAGAGGGCACGCAAAGAGAACGAGCUUGAUGAAGUGAAGGAAAAGUUUGUCAAGUUACGGGAAGCAUUGCAAGCUGAACGAGAGAGAGGGAACAUAGCCGAGGAACGCGCAAUGGAAGCUGAAAGGCUGGCUGGUAAAGGGUCGUUUAAUCCAGAGCUGUCUCGCGUGCUUCACAUCAAGGAUACGCCUAUUGUCGAAGCUCUGAAGGAAGAAGUCAAAGUACUGCGACGACAACUUGAGGCUGCAAAAAUCGAUCGGCCCUCCAAGUUGGCCCCUGAUCCAGAGAAGCUUAACAAGCGGCUGAAAGAGAAUUUUAAGGAACAAAUCUCGCUUUUCCGUGAGGGAGUGUACUUAAUGACUGGCUUCAAGGUUGACAUGCUCCCUGGUACAGAUCGGCCCACAUUCCGUGUGCGCUCAGUGUAUUCUGAACAAGAAGAGGACCAUUUGAUGCUGAAAUGGCCCAAAGGUGAAGAAAUUGCAUCUCUUGAUAUUCUCAACACCGACUUGGCGAGGGUUCUAUCUACGUCGCCAAGCUACGACUAUAUAAACAAAUUUCAAAGUCUGCCUGCAUUCCUGGCAAGUGUUCAGCUUAGUCUUUUCGAAAAGCAGACACGGCAGCCUAACACUAUCAACCUGGAUAAAUUCACUCGAAUAGCGUUGGAUGUGCGGAAAAAUGCACUUGGGACGUUAACAAAUGAUCAGUGGGACGAAAUCCUUACCACUAUGCUACACUGGCUACAGCUCGACGGGGUGGACGGGUCAAACGAGAGCGAAAACACCCAUGCGCAUUCAAUGAAAGGCACAGCUGUCGAUUCGGCUGAUAGACUUUUGCAACGUUUGCUUGCUGAAGAAGCUGCUCGUUCUCCUGCUUGGUUGGAAGUAUCCAAUGCAUUUCCUGGUGUUUCCAUGCCUAUUGAAAGAUCUUAUGCCCUCUGGACAAGGCUCUGCGACCGCAAAAACAGGAGACUUUGGAAAAGACCUUUACCGGCAAUCGAGUUUGUGGCACUCGUGGAGUCCUGUCUGACCGCGGACGACGCGCGAAGUACGGAGCUGGCAGUUUCUUUGCUCGUAUCGCAUGAAAUACUAGAAAUAUUGGAAGCACAUAGAGAAAGACUCGUUUCCUGCUUCCAUGAAGCUCGCAGGCAGGCCACUGUGUUAGGUGAUAAAAUGGUAGCGCAGCGUGUGUCCGAUGUUAUGCAAGAUCUGAGCAAUCGGCUUGAGUGGAACGAGCUUCGACCAGAAAUUUUGGACAUAACGACCGAGAAAAAGUCAAAUAAAAUAGGUUUGUCUUCCUUUGAACAAAAGGCACUGCAGAAGCGAACUUUGUCGGUUGUUCAAAGCGCUAAGCUCGACGAUGCCGACGUGGUAGAAAACAUUUUUGAUCGAUGGAAAGAGGCUCCAGGCUGUCCUGAUGGUCUCGCAGAAGCACUAAUUGACUUCUUUGUUAAUUCAAAUGAGCCAAUCAAGGCUACGCAGUCACUUCAAAAGAUGCUUAAAGACCAAUCUUACACUUCGACGGAAGUAGUUGGUAGGAAAGUUGAGCAAGUAAUUAGCUUAUGGAUAAGGAGCGGUCAUUCGGAUGCACCCUGGAGGGCGGUCGAAAUUUUAAAGGAACUCGAGCCAUUAAGAUCGGAGAUGGCAGUUGAAAUAAAGGACUCAGUAUAUGUGAACAUUGCACAACUGUGGUUUGAAAGUGAUUACCCUCGAGCAGGAAAGCAAGCCUUUGAGAUAUUGUCUAAGAUGCAAACCUUUGACACUGCUACUUUCAAGAUGUCCACCAAGGCGUUACUGAAAGAUGCGUUUGUCGCAGAGGAUGACGUCGCUGCCCUAGACAAACUUGCUAGACGCCAGUGGCCAAACAUCGAAGUCUCCGAGGUUUCAGAAAUUUCAGAACACAUUUUGGGUGUUCUUAUCAAAGCGAAAGACGUGAAGAGAUCGUUGCGCUUUGUGACGUUUAUGGUAGACAACGGAUCGGCAGUAUCCGCCAGAGCAUGUUGUUCUGUGCUUGAAUUAUUCUCUCAUGAGCUCGAUCCAGACAAAUUGCUCUCGUUGCUGAGCCUUCUGGAGAAGAGUGAUGCCGAGCUUGACUUUCGAUGCUACGAGAUAGUCGUGCGAUCGCUUGUUGGUAUGAGACGAAAGCACAGAAUGGAAGAAAUCAAGUCUGCGCUCUUUCAUUUGUUUCGAAGGGUUGGUAGUGGCGCGCUCGAGGUCAGUGCUGAUGCGCUUGGAUCACUCAUUUACACAACAAUCGAUGUUGUUCUCUACUUUCAGCGUGACAGAGAUGCAUUAGAGAUUCUGGAAGCAGCUGAAGGCAAUCUACUCAAAGGAGGGCAAUCCGGUGAUCUGUUUCCCGUACCCUUGAAGUGCUAUGAGCGCAUUACGGAGCUACUCGCAGCGAAGGAGCAGACAAAGGAGCUAACAAAGAUUUUUGAACGCGUUCAAGCCUACCAGGAGAAAGGUUACAACAAUAUUUUCCUAAGCACGAAUCUAUGUACUCAAUACAUGAAAGUUUUGUCAAAAAGAGGGAGAAGUAGUCUGAAAAAACGGGAAGAAUUACUCGACGAUCUCAUUUACCUUGGGAGUUGAAACAUAUGAUUGUUUUGCGUUUUCGUCCGCGACAUACAUGCUUAUCGAGAGUAGAGCGCCACGCUGCUUCACGCGAGUGCAAACGAUUUUCGAAAAAUUGGAGAACGCUGGAGUCAAACCCGAUAAAUUCAUACUCAGGGAUGUUUUGAGAGCUUGUCUGAGGGCAGAUAAAGUGGAGCGAGACAUAGCGAAAGUCUCGCUUUUCAAAACGCUGUCGAAAGUUCGAGAAAGCAAGCUUACUGAUUUAGGUACAUACGAAGUGUUCUUCCGAGCGCUCAAGGUCUGCUUGCCAGCAAAGGAUAGAGCAAAGGAUGAAUUGGUGUCAAGAGCAUUUGAACUGUGCUGUGAUGAUGGUUUUUUGAGUCCGCCGAAUACUGAACUUAUUCAAGGACUAGUUUCAGCGAACACUUGGCGUAAGAUGUAUGAAAGCAGUCUAAUCA